CAUGGCAUUCAAAUUUGUAGUCUUCGCUGCCUUCGUCGCUGUAGCUCGUGCUGGCCUUAUCGGUCACGCCGCUGCUCCAUUGGCUGUAUCCUCAUACACCACUCACGGAAUCGCUGCCGCUCCAGCUAUCUCCACCUAUGCUGCUUAUCCCGUAGCCGCCAAAGUAGCUGCUCCACUCGCUGUAGCUGCUCCAGUUGUCAAAACCAUCGAAGCUGAAGCUCCAGCCCACUAUGACUACGGAUACUCUGUCAGUGACCCCUUGACCGGUGACCACAAAUCUGCUGUAGAAUCGCGUCGUGGUGAUGCCGUCCAAGGAAGUUACUCCCUCAUCGAUGCUGACGGCACCAAGCGCACCGUAGACUACACUGCCGAUGCCCACAAUGGUUUUAACGCUGUUGUAUCCAAGGAAGGUCCAGUAGUAGCCAAAGUAGCCGCCCCAGUUGUUGCCAAAGUUGCCGCUCCAGUUGUAGCCAAAGUUGCUGCUCCAGUUGUAGCCGCCCCGGCUGUUGCUACUUAUGCCGCCGCUCCAGUAGCCAAAGUAGUCUCUGCUCCAGCUACCAUUUCCACCUACUCUUCCCAAACCUUGGCACACUCUGCUCCAGUUGUAGCUGCCGCUCCUCUUGCUGUAUCUGCCCCAGUAGCCAAGGUAUCCGUAGCUGCUGCUCCAGCUAUCGCUACUAGCUACUCCACCCUUGCUGCUCCAGCUAUCGCUUCUUACUCUUCCCCUCUUAUUUCUGCUGCACCAGCCAUUGCUACUAGCUAUUCUUCUCUUGCCGGUCCAGCUAUUGCCUCUUACUCCUCUCCACUUGUAACUAAAGUAGCUGCUGCACCAGUAGCUUCUGUUUGGUAAAAUGAAACUAAGCUGUGACAUUUUAAAUUAUUGUAAAUAAACCAAUUUAUAAAAAAAAAUGUUUUAAUGUUAAUCCGCAAAAUCUCAGAUGGAUGA